AAGACACGUAGGAACCAAAACAAAAACAAACUCUUUGGUUUUAGGGACACAAACAAAAUGGAUUCGGAAGCUGCGCCAUCGGAAUUUCUGUCCACAGAACAAAUCCUUAAGAUUCUAAGCGAAACGCCAGCGGGAUUUAUAAAAGCCACCGAUCCGCCCUCGCCAAUCCUGCCGCCCUUCAAGAAACUGGGAGUUCUGGUGGAAAUUGAUGAAAUCGUGGGAAUCCAGGAUAAGCCGGCGAAAAUCAGUGACAGCAGGGAUAAGGAGCAAUCCUACAGCUGCGCGGAAUGUCGAAGGAUGCUGCCCACGGCGCACUUACUAGAUUUGCAUAUCACCGAGCAGCACGACUUCUAUUUUGCCGCCAGCGUGGAUCGCGGGGAUAAGCCCAUGUUCUCCUGCUUCCUGGAGGAGUGCACCACCAAGUUCCAUACUCCCCGUCAGCGCAAGGAUCACUGUAUUAUAGUGCACAAGUUUCCGGCCAAUUACCGCUUCGAUCAGGGCAAUGAAAAGCCCAAGGAAAAGCGUCAUCCCAAACACAAGCCCAAUUCCAUGGAGGUGGACGAGCUGCCCGCAGAAACGAAAAGUUUUCCCUAUAUCAAAGCCUUCAGUUUUGGCCACCAAACGCACAGGACAUUCUACACCCGCAAGGAUCACAAAGCCGGCGAAACACUCGAUGAUGUCCAGACCAUGAAGGAUGCUAUCAACGAUAUCCUGGAUUAG